CGCUGCUUUAAGCAUGGCCAAAUCUCAGUCGAGACGCUGCUGCCUGUGCAUACUUGCUUUAGUGUUCUCUGUUGCUAUUAUUUGCCUAUGCAUCUUUUUUGCCAACAAAAACAGAUGCGAGUUCUCGCAAGCUGCGGUUUCUGCAGACUCGGAGAUGUGCUCCGACAUUGGCAGAGACAUGCUGCGUCAGGGGGGCUCAGCAGUGGAUGGGGCCAUCGCAGCUCUGCUCUGCACCGGACUGGUCAAUCCACAGAGCAUGGGUCUGGGUGGGGGGGCCAUAUUUACCAUUAUGGACAAAGAAGGCAAAGUGAAAAUAAUCAGCUCAAGAGAGACGGUCCCAAAAGGUGUCAGAGCGGAUUUGCUGAAUGACUGUCCAAAGACUCUGACACUCACAACAGGAAGUCAAUGGAUUGGUGUACCAGGAGAACUCCGGGGAUAUGAACAUGCUCACCAGUUGUAUGGAAAACUGCCCUGGGCCCACCUUUUUGAGCCCACCAUUAAGCUGGCACGAGAGGGAUUCCCCAUGCCAGUGUACCUCAGCCGAUUCCUGCAGAAUGAUAUUAUUAAAAUGCUGAUACAAAACUCUCCACUCUGUGAAUUGUUCUGCCACAAUAACAAGACAAUUUUUGGCCCCGGGGAUGUCCUGAAGUUCCCUAAGCUUGCUGAAACUAUGGAAAUUAUUGCCAAAGAUGGAGCCGAAGCCUUCUACACUGGAAAAAUCGCCAAGAACUUGAUACAGGAUGUACAAUCUGCAGGUGGAGUGUUAUCAUUAGAAGAUCUGAAAGCGUUCCAGGUCAGAGUCAGUGAUGCAUGGUCAGUCCAACUGGGGGAAUACAAGAUGCACUUUCCUCCUCCACCAGCAGGGGGAGCAAUACUCAACUUUAUCCUCCAACUAAUGCAAGGGUUCAGGCUCUCUCCAGCCUCAAUCCAAGGAGACCAGAAAACUGUGACUUUGCAUCGAUACCUAGAGGCAGCAAAGUUUGCAAACGGACAAAAGCGCAACCUCAGAGACCCCAGCUUCAACUCCAGAGAUAUGACAUACAUAAAAGACGAGAAGUUCAUAGAUCGUAUCAGGGCUCUGAUCAGUGAUGGCUUCACUCGUGACGCAUCUUACUACAACAUCACCCCAUCCACUGACCACUUUGGCACCACACAUGUUUCAGUGAUGGCAGCAGAUGGCACUGCUGUGUCAGUAACCAGCACCAUCAAUCACAUGUUUGGGUCAUCUAUUUACUCUCCUAAGACGGGUAUCAUCCUCAACAACGAGUUAGCUGACUUCUGUGGCCGAGCAGAUACUGUCACACCAGGUGAAGAUCCGUUACUUAAUAUAUCCUCUUACUUUUCACAUGUGUUGAACUUUCUUGUCAGCUUUUCAUCUGCUAUUUUUUUUUCAGGUGAGCAGCCUCCUUCGUCCAUGGCUCCUGUCAUCCUGCAGUCUUUCUCGCAACAGAAGACACUGGUGAUUGGUGGAUCUGGAGGAAGUAUGAUCACCACAGCCAUGGCCCUGUCCAUUAUGAACCACCUGUGGUUUGGAAUGAGUCUUAACAAAUCUAUCUCUGCUAAAAUAGUAUUUGUGGAUUCCGAGAAUAUUGUCCACUUUGAGCAAGGAUAUGACAAGACUGCUAUAGAGGCAAUAAAGGUGUUAGGACAUAAUGUGAAGGACUAUCCUUUCUUUUUUAAUGUGGUCAACGCCGUCUCGAAAGAAGGACACUGCCUCAGUGCCAUAUCUGACGCCCGGAAGAAUGGAAGGUCAGCGGGAUACUGACCCACCCGUCAGCUGCCCUUGUUUCUGCCCAUCAGCUGUUGGUCUGGUGUGAGUUGUCUGAGAUUACUGUAGUGAUUCAUGAGGCCCUGGAGGAAGUGAGGGUGAAAGCAGGGGGUCAGCGAUCCCUUUCAGCAAUGACUGUAGACACAAAUUCAAACACAGGGUGAUUGUACAUAGUUCUCUGCAUUGUAUCCGUCCAUGUCCACUUUUAAAGACCUCUUAGGAUUACAGUUGUAAGAACGGAUAUGUAGAUAUUUUAAUGCAUAAUUUGGUAUUUUGAGUGUAGGAGAGACCAGGGCUAAUUGGCACAUGUGGGAAGUUUUCACAAGGGAUAUAUCUGUUUCAAAAGGCAAAUUACAUGAAUGUUUGUUUACUCUAGCAGUGGUUUGUAUGUAGGUUUCAAAGAUCUAUUACAAAAGCAUUUAGCUGAAAAAACAAUAAUAGGCUAUUUAAGGGCAGGAUCCCAUUAUGACUUGCCUUAUAUGAUGGUGAGGCAUGUUGUCAUAAAAGGUCAAAGUGUGUUAAAGCUACUCUAUGUAACAUUUUUUUUGUUUUGUAAAAAAAAAUAACAGAAUGUUAUUAAUGAGAGAGUGCAACAAAAUUCCAUCUUGCAAUCCAUGUCUUUACCCAAAUACACUAUAAAUAAACUUAUAAUAAUGAUUUAUAUUUUAGAGUUGUCGGGAUGGAUUUCGCAGGGAAUUGCAUACAUAUGUCAUUCAAAUAAACCUAUCCUGAGAAAUAUUCUCUGGAGUAGAAAGUGUGACAACUAGCCCCGGUGUCCACUACAUUGUUUGCUGAUUUUGUACAAACUAGCUCUUAAUGCCAGUAUGUCAUCACUCAACACUGUUUCCUAUGACAGUACCAAUUAACUUGAAUUAAAUGUACAAUUUCUAAGGACAUAAAUCGACCUACAAAGACUUAAUUGUUGAAUCAAACAGUUCUGUUUCUGCAAGCUGUUACUGUACAUGUAGGGAGAGACAUUUUAACGUCAAAAUGUGAAUGUUAAAAAAUAUGGUACAAAUGUUAGGUAUGUUAUACACACAUAUGCUCUUGUUUUCAUAUGCACAUUUUUAUAGUUUCAUAAUGAUUAUAUUGCUUUGUGUUUUAAUUUUGUUUAAAUCGUUUAAAUGGCAUUUAAGCAGUGGUGAACUCUCAGGGCCAGCAAAGCCUUCUCUGCUGGCCUUACAUGCCAAAUAAAUAAAUAUUUU